AUGCUCUCUCGCCGUGUCCUCCGGGACGCAGCUACCCCGCUCCGGAGCGCCUCGCGGUGCUUUGCAACCACGGCCGUAGCUAGGCAACAGAGAGCACCCUCCCUCGCCGAUAUUGAACCCAACCGGCAGACAACCUUUGCAGAGAAGCAAAAGGCAUUUCGGCAGCAGUUAGCAGAGGCGCAGAAGCAGCGCGAUGCCAGUUUGUCUACUUCCUCCCCUACUUCUUCCACUUCCCCCUCCGGUUCCCAUAACAGCUCCAAAGGCGAUAGCAUCCCAGUGAGCGGACAGGGCUUGGGCUCACUCAGCACCGCCAACUCUAAAGGAACGGCCGUCGAUGCAGCCAAGGCAGCGGAUCCGGAAGAACCUCCGCGCAAGCUCGGCCCGCUGACCAGCCUAAUCUACGGCACAAAGGAGGGUCGCGAGAUGGAUGCACAGAUCGAGGCCAGCUUCAGCCAGGUGCUUGCACGCGGCAAGUAUGUGCACUCCAUCGUGUUCCAUGAGGUCAAGCACAAGAAGACGGACGAGUAUAUCGAUCUCGUUGGCAAGUGGUAUCCUCGCAUGGCCUCGAUGCCUGAGAACAAGGUUCAUCUUGUUGGAAGCUGGAGGACCGAGGUUGGCGACUGCAAUACUUUUGUUCACAUUUGGGAGUAUCAGGGCUACAAUGGAUACCAUGAGUCGCUCAACUCGAUUUCGAGGCACCCAGAGUUCCCGGCGUUUAACGAUAAGCUCAAGAGGCUCAUCAUAUCCAAGAACACUUCACUCAUGCAGGAAUUCUCCUUCUGGCCCACGACGCCUCCGCGCCAACUGGGUGGGCUCUUCGAGCUGCGAUCAUACACGCUGCACCCAGGCAACCUAUUGGAGUGGGAGACACACUGGCGUAGGGGACUGAAGGCGCGCCGUGAGGUCAUGGAAGGUGUCGGAGCGUGGUUUGUCCAGAUUGGAGACCUCAACACGGUUCACCACCUCUGGCAGUUUGCAGACCUCGAGCAGCGCAAAGUAACGCGUGAGAAGAGCUGGAGCAUUGAGGGUUGGAGCGAGACGGUGCACAAGACAGUGCCGCUUAUCCAGACCAUGAAGUCUAGGAUCCUGGUCCCCCUGCCGUGGUCUCCAGUUGCUUGA